AUACGGCGGCGGGGCACCUACCGAUGUUGCCCAUACAUGGGCAGCUUUGCUUCUUUACCGGACUAUGUUGGCUGUACGGAAGUGCAGUCGACAUUGACGACCACUGCGAGGACGUUUCAAAACCCGUUGGCACCGGCUUGCUCCAGGCCAAGUCGCACCUGGACCCCAGCCGGCUACAGGAGCUGGAGUCGAACCUUGCGAUCGCGGACGGAAGCUGGCAAGGUGCCUUGCAAUUCCAGGAGCUUGGCGCAAACAGCAGCCUUAACCGGCUUGCCGCCCAAUGCCGAAAACGCAAGGCCAAAGCUCCCAGGGUGCCGCUGGAGGUGGCCCAGCAGCUUCGGGAAGUUGCAAGGGCGGACGUGAUCCGCGACCGAGACAGCGAUCUCUGUCCGGGAGAGAUCACGCUCUGGCAGUUCUUUCACAAUGAAACCACCACGAGCUGCCGCUUGCCUCGACUCGUUAGGCUGGCUGGCAAGUCACGCUGCCCCAGCAGCUCCACGGAAUGUGCUGGUUGUGCCGUCUUCUCAGAGGGGAAAUGCCAGAAGUGUGAGGACGGCUACCUCCGUCAAAACGGUACAUGCGUGGCCUGCCUCAGCACUAUCGACUGGGUCAGCGAGAGCGGAAAAUCUUGCGACAGGAUCACGGAGGCGGAGUGCAACGACAGGCCAGUCAAGGGCCAGAGCAGCAAUCAGGCUUGCUGCAAGUGCAAUGGAGGGCACAAGACACCGACGCCAUUCAAGUAUGCGGACAAGCGAUUUUCUGUAGGUGUCCCCGUUCAUUUGGAGCCUCUUCCUCGAACGGCCACCCGGUACUCGGUGAAUGGCGACUGCAACUUGGCUGCUCGGAACUUGACACUCGACGGCAGCACCGGCGUGAUCUCCUACCAGGCCUCCAUGGCCCGGCCAACAGAAGCCUUUUCUGUGCAAUGCGAAAUCACUGCACACCAGGGCGUCGGUCUUUCGGAGACGGUGAAGGUGUCGGUGGUUGUGGAGCACAUGACGUACCCCUCUGCCGUUCUAGUCUUCUCCCAAAAGACGCCCUCCUACCAGGUCGCUGCUUCGGGCACGCUGCAGGACUUCAGCAUGGUAUGUGCACCGGAGCAGUCGUGGCUCUCUGUCGAUGCCUCGGGCACCGUCACCUCCCAGACCGAUGUGACCGGUGCCGGAGCCGGCGGUGUGACGGAGGCCGGGGACGACUACUCGGGGAUGGAUGGCGGAGUCUGUGUGGUGACCGCCACCGACAACACGACCCAGAGGACUGCCACCUUUGCGGCCAUCCGGCCUCGACCGUGGCCCGAGCUGGUCUACGAGUCCUCCUAUGCAGAGGUGGUUGUCGGCGAGCAGCUGCCACCAUUGAAGCUCAAGACGCCCAAAGGAUACGAGGAAGGUGCAGGAGGACUCAAGCCGACCUCCUUCGUGAUCUCCUGCACCGUUGGAUUCCCGAUCUGGUCCUACGACCGCAAUUGGGGUGUAGGCCUCUUGCAGAAUCAUCAGAUUCUCGAAGUUGCACCGGAUGGGAGCAUCGCUCUUGCGCCCGGUGAGAGCAUGGCCCUGAUGUUCGAUGAGAUCACCGCCUACCAGGCCCAUCGGAAAAACUUUCAAAUGCACUGCGGAGUGUAUGGUCUCUUCCCCGGGACAGACUUUCCGCCGAUUUUCACUCAGAUGGUCUUCAAGGUGAAGGACAACAAAUGCUGGGUGAAGGAGCGGAUCGUCGGCGAAGUUGUCUGGGAGGAGCACACCACCGAGGAGACACACUGCCGGCAGGUCUGUCGUCAAUCAAAGGUCUGCUCCCACUUCACCUAUGCUGAUGACGCAUGCAGACACUAUCGCAUCAACACCGUGGAAGGGACGUCGGUGAUGACCUAUGCCAAGGUCACAGAUUGCACUGACCUGUCAACCUGCAUCCGUCUGAAGCAUCCUGAAUGGGUCGUUGCGGGCGACUACUGUCCUGUGGAGUACGACAUCCGGCGUGGAAGCCCCGUCUAUCGGAAGGACAGCCUGAUUCCACAGGAGGUGAUGUAUCUCGCCAGUGUGCCGAAAGGUUCCAGAUCUCAGUGCGCUACCGGAAGCUGGCUGGUGCAACGGGCGAGGCCCGAGGUCGAUUACUUGGACCCAAAGCUGGGAUACUUCGAGCUGGCCGGUGAAGAGAUGCUCUGCCUGGAGCCUGGAGUGCCCAGCACGAAGAACGCCACGAACACGACUCUUCAGGAGGGCUUCACCAUCUCGCUGGACUGGGCUACCUUGGAAUGUCCACAGCCACUGACCCACGAAGUCGAGGAUGAUGUUCUUCAUCCUCUCGUCUUCGAUGAUCCCACGACGCUCCAGCCGGACGACUACUGGCUGCACCCCUGUGACUGCGUUCCGCCUGGCUGGGGCCUGGGCUUUCCCGCAAAUGCUCUCGUCGCAGAGGGCCUCCCUCCUGCCAGCGAUGGUGCCUUCAUUCCCCCGCCACUGCUCAUCGUUCAGGGCCAGUUCGCCUGCCCCUCCAGGCAGCUGCUUCCAGGAGCGAGGGGCAUCUACUUCGAGACGGAGGCCGAAGCCUUCGAGAAAGCAGACUGCCAGGAAAGGUGCAAAGACUUCGUGGACUGCGCCUUCUACUGGACUGGCACUUCUCACGGCGCCCAGACAUGCCGUCUCUUUCACGGAUGUGACAGCUUGGUACGCGAGUUCGGCAUUGAUGGUGAUCUCUAUGCCCUGCCUUCGAACGUGAGCUGCCUAGUUGCGAACCCGGAGCACUGCUGGAAGACGACGAUGCGGAGGCAGUUCCUGACCCAGACAGAGAGCGUGUCGCCAUCCUUCACUCUCUCUGCCGCACUCUUCAACUCAGGAGGCUUAGCCGACUUCCAGCAAAACGCCUCCCGACUCUUGAACCGCGAGGUCACCUAUGAGGAGAAGUUGGGAGAGAUUUCCACCGUGAAGCUGCUCGGAUGGACGGAGAUCUUGAAGCCCUUCGGUUAUGUGAGAGCCAUUGGAGGUCUUGCGAGCGCAACGGUGCAAGGCCUGAACCCAAACCAGGAGUACGAGUGGAGCCUUCUCACUCGCAGCAACCAGAGGAGUCGGGAGGUCAGCGGAUGGUCCUCCAGAGAUGUCUCCGUGCGAGCACAUGUGCGGUGCAUGGAGUUGGAGUACAUCCGCGAUCUUCAAGUCGUCACAUCCGGCGGGGCCAGCUUUAGCUUUCUGCAGAGCGGGGUGGCAGCCCUCGACACCUUCUCGGAGGAUGCUGUGGAAGACGAGGGAGACGUAGACUUAGAGAUGAGUCUGGAUGCUGGUGGUCAUGCCCGCGAGGAAGAGGAGGAGGACCAUGAGGCAGUGGAAACCGGUGCAUUGGAUGGAGGCGACGAGCACGGCGAGGAAGCCGAGGAAGCCGAAGAAGUUGAAGACGAUGCGGAUGCUGAAGUUGACUCCGAAGAUGAAGGUGACGGUUCCGAGGAGGACGAGGAUGGUGAGAUGGUGCCAUUCAAGUCGGAGCAGGGUGUUGUGCUGGCCCAAGAGGGCAUGGAGUCAGUCUCCGGCGUGCAGUCGUGGCGCCGGCGCCGGCGCCGUCGCCGCAGACGUGCGCGCAGAAGACGUGCCAGGCGCAGACGCGCCCGCCGCAGACGCUCUCGGCGCAGACGCACGCUGCCGGCGCAGGUGUCUGCGUCAUGUCCCAGCGGGAAGCGGCUCCUCUCGUGCUCCUGCUAUCCGGACGACUUCAGGGAGAAGCAGGGCCAUUGGACUGACGUCCGCCAUCACUGCAAGCGGGUCUGGAGGAGUGGCGACAGUUGCACUGCCAGAGGUGGAUAUGCCCAGGCUUUGUGCGGCAAGCUCGACGACCCGGCAGCUCGCGACUGGGAGGACCGUUCAGCCGAGGGCUGGUACUGGUCCGACAAGGAGGAAGGUCCUGUGGCAAGCUGUCCUUCUCCGAAGGUACUGGUUGGGUGCUGGUGCCAAUCGCACAGCGGCUCCGAGAAAGAGUGCGCUCGACUCUGGACGGAUGGCAACAGCUGCCAUGCCCGCACGGGCCCGGGAAGAGUUGUCAGAGUACGUGCCUAUAUCAAGAUCUUCGCCCGUUGCGCGGACAUCCGGUCAUCGGCCCUCAUUCUCACGGGGAUCAACCUGACGCGGGUAGUCUCGACCAGCUUGCUCCAGGAUGUGCCUGCGAAGAACGACGCCACGGUCAUGUCAAAGUCCUUCCGGUAUGUGCACUUGUUCCAGCAAUGCGAUGCCCUGCUGCUCAUGGGUGGGCUGGGGGUGGAGACCUGUUCUCGGCCGGCUUACCGAGAGCCAAGCUCCCAUGUGUGGCGCGGGAAGCGGCCCCUACCCUCCAGCUUUGUGCAUGGCACCGAGCUGAAUGUCGGAUGUUGGCAGGAGCGCUUUCAGUCCUUCCGUGCAGGCCAUCGCUAUGCUCAUGAGACCCUGAAAUGUGUGAACGGAGACUGGUUCAACUCCUUGCAGCUUCCGGAACUCACAGCCUUCUCUUGUGAGCCCUGCGUGCUCGUCGCUGGGAAGGGUUACACCAACUACGCGAAGAGGAACCAGCAAGAGCUCUACCACUUCAGCCGGAUGGCGAUGCGCGUGUACACGGAAUUAGGUUCUUUGGCCGCCACCCAUGGUGCCGCGCAGAAGUACUGCCUCAUGAAGGGCAGCGGCGGAAAUUCCUCAGCUGGUGGCAAGAUGACACUCAUGGCUGCAUCCGCAUGUCCCGAAAUCCUGGCCAUGGAAGUUGUGGGCUCGGCCGAAGUGGAGGAUCGCAUGAUGGCUCUGCUGGACUUUGGCAUCCCGGACAACGGCUUUUGUCUGGAAGCAGUUCCUGGGGGCGAUGGCAUUAGCCCCAGCCUGGCCUACAAGAAAUGCGAUAUGGAGAGCCCACAGCAGCUCAUUUCGCCCAUGGCUGUACCCGGUGUUCUCUGGGACAUGCAUAAGGAAGCAGACCGCACUCUCGGCGAGGAUUUCCACAAGGCCUACGGCUCCUAUUGUGGAGCCCACGGCGCUCUGGCCUCGCUCGCCUUCGGGCAGGUCUUCGGAGGAGACGCCUCAGGGCUGAAGUCGACGUGCCACUUCGCGCCAGUGAUCAAGUUCGGAGAGUUCUUGGACACGACGAUCACCUACGACAAGCGAAGCACGGACUGGCCCGAGUGGAACACGCUGCUGGCCGAUGCGCCGGUUCUAUGCCCAGACGGCGAAGCUCUCACCGGCUUCAAGCUCUUACCUGCACGCAAGAUCUUCCGGUACGAGUGCAGCCGUAUCGGAGGAUUGGGCCAGACCUUCGAGUACUUCAGUGCCCAAGUGGAAGUGAAGAAGUUUGACCAGAAGAGGGCAAACUUCAUCGGCGCACUGCGGAUGAUCCAAGUGGACUGUGGCGCUGAUGCACUGCUCUCUGGCUUCCACUUCGAAUUCUCCGAGGGCGGACGCUGGGCUCGCUCCAAGUACACUUGUGCGAAGGCCGGUGGUGCCCCCGUUGUCAUGGAGCCUUCGACGACUAUCGAAAGCAUGACGCAAGCACCGGAAGGUGUCUUCUGUCCCCUGGAGCCAGAUGCCCACACCGGACGGUACAAGUACGUAAAUGCACUCACGGGCGACGCCUUGUCCUUCGAGCGGAACGGCGAGUGGUGUGUGGGUCCUGACUGCUCGGCUCCGGUUGGUGGUGCCACCCCCGUCGGUGUCUUGAUGACCAUGCUGGAGGUCCAUAAUGUCACCAACUUCGACGGGCACUUCGAGGGAAAGGGUGUCCCUUCCAUGGAGGAAGGGGGAAUGGACGACCUGGCGAAGAUGCUCAAGGCGAUCAAGCCGCCGAAGAGGCCAGCGCAGCCGGCCAAGCCCAGGCUACAGGAGUUCAAAGCAGAGAUGCCCAAGUACGCAGACGAGUGCCUUGACUACGGCGAAUUGUGGAACAAGCUCACCGAGACACACACCAACGCGGACAAGGAGGAGGUCGUGGAGGAGUCGAAGCUCGAGCCUGAUGUCGGCACCGUCGAUGCAGAGCUGCCAGACGUCCACCCCUGCCAGAUAAUGCAGGAAACCGGCUUUGGCAUCUUUGGCAGGCUAGGGAAGGGUGAUGGCAAGCAGUCGCCUCCCAACCUUUUGUACAAGGAUUGGAUCCAGUGCAUGCAAGGGGACAUCAAUCGCGAUAUGCUCUCCGGCUACAUGCAGUUCGGCAACAGCCUCUACCACAGCAUCGCCAACGUCGUCCAUUCCGCGGUGAAGCUGGUCUGUGCUGCCAUUCCCACCGUUGUUGCGGCCCCAUUGGGCGUCGGUGUCGAGCCCCAGCCGCCGAGAAUCUGUGCCGAAGUUACAGACCUUGUGCGAACAAUAGUCGACCUUCCCUUUGACAUCUCCAAGCAAGCAGUGGACCUCGCAAUUGAGAGGGAAGGAUACCUGGCCUGCAACCCCUACCAGGCUGGCUUUGCACGGCUCUUCUGUGACAUCCACUGUGUGCGUGAUGCCGUCAUCCGUGGCGACCGCACAAUUCUGCGGAACUUGGAACAGGCCACCAAGAUCUCCAAUGAGAACAUGAGGAAGAUGGUGGAGUGGUCCACGGAAGCAACAAGGACGGAGACAGAAUACCUGGACAAGAAGAUUGACCACUCUCUCAAGAUCAACACCAUCUACUUGCACCACAUUGCCAAGAACACGCAGCCCAAGGAAGAGGAGCUCUUGCAGAACGCUGUGACUGCCACGGGAUCCAUGCUCGCUGAGCUCAAGGGCUUUGCCGAGAUCUCCUCCUUGGGCGUCUCCCGCGUUGCUGCCGGCGAUGCUCUGACAAGGCCGUCCACGGCUGCUGCGAGCGGGUGCUGGAUCCCUUAUGGGACACCAGGUGUGCAGCUCUAUUCGCUGACGAACAGGGGCGACUUUGCAGAGCAUCACAUCAUGAGUUCUGGUCGUCGGCCCGGGGGACAGAUCCCUUGGAUGAAGACCACACGGCCUCCAGCUCCUGCUCUGGUUCAGCGAGCUCAUGAUCAGCUGAAGGAGCAGACGGCGACAUCUUCACUGCGGCAGGUGCAGAAGUUCCAGAGCUUGAUGUCUGACCUUCAUCAGACGAUGCGGGCAUCCGCGGGCGGGCUCACGAAGGCACAGGCCGUGGGACGGCAGGUCGCCAGCGAGGCUCGGCAGCUUCAGGACCGAACGCGCCGGCAAGCGCAGGUCUUGGGCAUUUAUCGGGCGCACAGCCGCGCCGCACACAAGGCGGCAAAGUCCUGGGCCCGAUUCGCCGACGCAGAGCAGACGCUGGUGACAUUGGACAAGUUGUGGUGGCGCAUCCGGGACAGGCUGGACCGCUACAUCGACGUCGCCGGGGAUGAGAUCACUCAGUUUGAACUUUCCGUCACCGCGCUGGCCGAGUACGAGAAUUGCAGAGCAGGCACCUUGGACCUUCUCCAGUCAUAUUCCUCCGGCAUGAAGUCGAUGCGCCGGAGCCGCGCUCAACUUCGAGCCGUGUGGCGGGAGACAUCCAACUUGAUGGGCGAACUUGCGGCGAUCAUCAGUGACGGCGACGUCUUUGGGCGCCUCAUGGCUGCUGAGGGCUGCACGUCUGCCUUGGCUGCGCAGACGCUGGAUCAAAUUCGCUUUGUGCUGCAAGACUCUGGCUUCUUGAUCCACCGCUUCGAGGCGGCCAACCUACCGCAGCCAGAUGUCUCCGUGUUGCAAGCGGCAGUGAAUCAGAUUCACUCCGCUUACGAUUCGGCAUUGUCCUCUUGCCAUGCAGAA